AUGGGUUCAAGAGCAAUCUUCAAGAACGAAUUGACAACAACACCAUUGUGGCAUGUGAUCGAUGCGACAGGACAUCACGUUGGUAAAUUGGCAUCAAAGAUAUCUCUACUAUUGCGUGGAAAGCAUAAGCCAAUCUAUGACAACAGUGUGACGAGAGAGAUUGGCGACUAUGUCGUCGUGCUCAACGCACAUCGCAUCGAGUUCACAGGCAAGAAGUGGGAUCAGAAGCUGUACAGAAAGCACUCGGGCUAUCCUGGCGGUCUGAAGGAGACCAAGGCCCGCGACAUGCGCAUCAAGAACCCCGAGUACAUCAUCAGACACGCCGUCAUGGGCAUGCUGCCCAAGAACAACAACAAGUUCUAUCUGGGCGAGCGUCUAAAGGUGUACGCCAGCAUCAACAACCCCCACGCCGGCCAGAUCUCGCAGCUGCCCGCGUCGCCACUCACCGUCAACCUAGGUCCAUUCGAGCCGGUCACCUACAACCCCACCGAUGAGCAGCUCAAGGAGUACUUUGCCGGUUACACAGUGGACAUUAAGAACACCGACGAGGAGUUCCAGAUGGUCGAGACCAAGGUCCGUUCACACAAGGAGAAGCUCAAGACCCAGAGACGUCUGCUGCGAAAGAAACGUGCUGGCGAGCUGCGACCAAUCACCAUCGACCUAUCCGCUUCAAAGACUCAGGAUCAGGUCGACUAA